UUGUGUUUCGGGGUAAGGUUACAGCGGUCUUAAAUAAGGCUUUGAAAUUCUGUACUAUCGGAAAAGGGAGAGAUUUUGACCGGAAAGACGCAUCGCAUUUCCCGUGGAUUAUUUUAAUCGGGUCGGGAUGAGGUUUCUUAUAUUGUCGGUGCUAUGGGCGCUUACUACUGCGCAGAACAUUAGCGAUCCCGUCGAGGAACUUGUACCAAUAAUGCCCAAGUUAAAAGAUGUAAUGGAUAUGGAAUUAGACGCCGAAGACUUGAAUGAGGGGAAUAUAGGGUUGGACCGUGAUACAAGCAACAAACGUGACGUAGAAGACAACCAAGUUUCUUUCAACGAGGACAGAAUUCUUAAUCCGGAUACGCAGGACGACGAAAGUUCCCGCCGUGGUCGAUGCGCUUAUACGUUCGUGGUGCCACAAACUGUUCCUACGAACAGCCAUAUAUGCGUGAACGGGAAUAACGAGAACGAAGAAGACGGCAUCACGUUGUUACAAAUGUACAGACAAGUCAUGAGCGCCAAGUUAACGGUGGAAGACACAAGGAACGCCAUAAUAGAAGAAAGGCAACAAUAUCCAUCAGCUAGGGAGGUGCAACGGAUGCAGACGGACGUUGAUAUGCUGAAGCAGCAAUCCCGCAACUCACAAGAAGGCAUCUCCCAGCUUUACACACAACUAAUGCAUGAGAUUAUCAACAAACGUGACAACUCGCUGGAAUUCGCACAACUAAAAAACAAACUGCUUAACCGGACAGUUUUGCACUACGAACUACAGGACAAGCAUAACCAAUUGCUGGCGGAGCACACAGCGCUAAAGGGGGUGGUCAACCGUCAAAGUGAACAAAUAGAAAGUUUAAGGCGAGCAAUGGCGGAACUCGCGAACUCACGAACACCAGAGCGAACGGAAAACGUGCAGGCCACACAGCCCCAUACGAUACAAGACCCGAUGCUCGUAGUAGAACGGAGACCAAACACGGCCGAAGCCAAUAGUAGACCAAGUCGAAACCACAUCCGUGGCCCGAUUACAGUUCUACCAACCACACCGACCACAAGUGCGCCUUGGAGACCACCACCAGGCCGAUAUAGAGAUUGUACUGAAGUGCAACGAGCAGGGUACACGGAGAGCGGAGUUUACAACUUACGGAUACCAACUGUGGCGAAACGAAUAAAAGUUUGGUGCGAUUUGAAUCAAGACCCAGGAGGAUGGAUUACAAUACAAAGAAGAAGCGAAGGAAGAGUCAACUUUUAUCGAGAUAUGGCGAGUUAUAAACGAGGCUUUGGGAAAUUAAGGGGCGACUUUUGGCUUGGUUUGGAAAACAUUCACAAGUUAACCAGCCAACCGACCGUUAACUUCAAACUACAUAUUGACUUGGAGGAUUGGGGGGGUAAGAAGACGUUCGUUGAAUAUAGAAGCUUUAGAGUGGAUUCGGAGGAAACAGGAUACCGACUUCGUAUCGCACAUUACAGUGGAAAUGCCGGCGACUCCUUGACAUGGCACAACAACAUGAGAUUCACAACGUUUGAUGCAGACAACGAUCCAUUCCCGAGGAACUGCGCUGAUUUUCAACGCGGCGGGUGGUGGUACAAUAUGUGCGCGCAUUCAAAUCUUAAUGGGGUGUACUACAAGGGCGGACAUUACAGGAGUCAGUACCAGGACGGUAUAUACUGGUCUGAAUGGAGAGGUGGGUCAUAUUCGCUUAAGGAAGUUUCUAUGAAGAUAAGACCGAUCGAGUGAUCCAAUUGGCUGGAAUUGGUCCAAGCGGGAAUGGACGCACAGGCAGCGCCGGGACGAUUUGCACUUUUGACGUCACAAUUGCACUUGUCGACGUCACUUUAGACACGAUUAUUUCGUUGAGAAUUUGAAUUUAAAAUAUACAUAAUCAGCACAUUAUGUUUGCAUAAUACUUGUACCAAAGGGAAACCGAUAUAUAAUUUAAACCGGUAUAUAAUCACGAAGUUUUAGCCAUGUCCGUAAUAUCGACGCUUAAGUGACAGAUAAAAAUGGCUUAAAGUUAAAAAAUCAUCGUGAUUGGAUCUAAACUGUCGGUUUGAACGAUUUAAAUUGACAUUAUUCGCCAGCCAGUUUCACGAUUUCGUCGCGCGGUAAGUGGCUUGGGUUCCUAUGUGUUCGUAACUUGUACGGAUUAAGUGUUUGAACAACAACAACAACCACAGGGACUUUACUGCGUUAAUCUAAAUCUGGAAACCAGCGCGUUUAAUAAUGAUCCGACUUAUCGUAUUUGCAAUACACAUAUUGCCAAAAACCCGGUACUUUGAUUGACGGGUGUAAAAAAAGUAAAACUAUGAUUUUUCAACGUCAUUUUCGCUGUAGUGAUCUACAAUUAUACUUUCAUCAAUUUCGUGCAUUGUUUUUAUGGUUUGCGUUCUCUGUUUAUCCGAUGUUGCCAUUUUCACGUGUGUUCUAUUUGUUCAGUGUACAAUACACCAUGCUAUUUGCACAAAA